AUGAGUGGCUCAUAUCCGAUCCAAUGGUGCAGAGCCGUUGCUCGCAUUCCAGCUUGUGGCAUCAAUGAAACUGCUUCCGCCAGAUGGAAUCGUUUUCAGAAGCUGGGCGCAGCUGCGGCGAUGGCAGGAGCUGUGUCCUGGAUGUCGACGAAGCUCGUGAGGUGUGACACAGACCUAAAGCUGACGACCUACAAUGUCUUGUCACCUCGCCUGGCAUCACCACAACAGUACCCCUCCUAUGCACGCGAGGACUUGGCGAAAGAUUCUCGAUGGCCGAAAAUUCUUAGCCGGAUGCAGAAGGCCGUCGAUGACGACAGGAUCAUUGCAUUGCAGGAGGUCGACCUGGAAUGGGCAGGGAACCUUCACGCUUUCUUUGCAGAGCGCGGAUAUGCGGUGGUGUUUGCUCAGUAUGGCAAGCAAAUGAAUGGUUACAUGGGUGUGAUGAUGGCGUGGCCUACAAAAGUUUUUCAGGCCUUGGACGUGGAGCUCUGCAAGCUAACUGAUACAGCUCCGAAGCGAGUGUGGCCAAGAUCCGAAGCUGGUCCUCUUGCUCGUUUCGGAUACCUCACCUACCAGGGCUUGACGGACAUAUUGGGAUGCAGACCUCCAGAAUUCGAAACAGAGGGAGGGGAGUGGAAGCUUGCACAGGGUCGCAUGAACGAGGCUAUCCUGGUCAGGCUAAGACCCAGAGCGACAUCCUGUGAUUUCUGCGUUGCCACGCAUCACAUGCCGUGUUUGUUCGGCACGACGGAGAAGGUUCGAGCGGUGAACAUCCACAGCCAGCUUCUGCUGAACAGGCUGAAGCGGUUUGCAGCCGCCGAUGUCAAGAAAGGUUUCCAAGAGGCACCAGUUGCAUUGAUGGGCGACUUCAACAUCAAACCAGGCACAUCUUCCUAUCAUUUGAUCGAGAGUGGCGGCUCCAUAGCUACCGUCUCGAAGCAGGGCAGCAAGCAUGAAGUUCAUGGACUCGAACAACUGCCCAUUGCCGAGUUCCCCGAUGGCCUCAGAAGUGCCUACAAGGACUUUCAUGGACAAGAGCCAAUGUUUACAAAUUAUGCCAUGUCCGCAAUGAGCAAGGAGGCUUUCGUUGAUACCCUUGAUUACAUUUGGUUUAGUCCUGGGCGCCUCAAAGUGGUGGCGUGCCAGCAGCUGCCAAAGGAGACCGAGAAUGUCAACGGGCCGUUCCCCAAUGCAGAAGAACCAUCCGAUCACCUCCCACUGCAUGCAACUCUUCGAAUGUCGGAUUGA